GAGCCCAAAGGAGGAGAGGGAGAAGUAGGUCGAGGCUCUGCCCAGGCGCCGGCGCCGGUUCCGGCCACUGGAGUUUGGGAGCUGUUUGAGAAGUGAUUUCUUUUUUUUUUUUUUUUUCUUCCCAAAGCCGAACGGCUGGCCUGGAAGCAUAGCCCGCCCCCAGUGUCCGGAUUCGUGCUGGGUUCUUUUCUUGCACCCUUGAGACUCGCGGUCGUCAUGCUGUGAUGUGUGCCCGGGGAGGAACUGAUCACCCACACAAGCUGGAUCUCUCUGUGUUCUGGACAUGACUGAAGCUCUUCAAUGGGCCAGAUACCACUGGCAGCGGCUGAUGGGAGGCAGAACCAGGGAUGACAAUGAGAGGCCAUACAACUACUCCUCACUGCUUGCCUGCAGAGGCAAGUCGUCGCACACCCCCAAACUGGCAGGAAAGCACCGGGUGGUUGUUCCCCACCUCCGGCCCUUCAAAGAGGAGUAUGAGAAGUUCUCGGGCACCUACGUGAAUAACCGAAUACGGACUACCAAGUACACACUGCUGAAUUUUGUACCAAGAAAUUUAUUUGAACAAUUUCACAGGGCUGCCAACUUAUACUUCCUGUUCUUAGUUGUCCUGAACUGGGUGCCUUUGGUAGAAGCCUUCCAAAAGGAAAUUACCAUGCUGCCUCUGGUGGUGGUCCUUACAAUCAUUGCAAUUAAAGAUGGCUUGGAAGAUUACAGGAAAUACAAAAUUGACAAACAGAUCAACAAUUUAGUAACUAAAGUUUACAGCCGAAAAGAGAAAAAAUACAUUGACCACUGUUGGAAAGAUGUCACUGUUGGAGACUUCAUUCGCCUUUCCUGCAACGAGAUCAUUCCUGCAGAUAUGGUUUUACUCUUUUCCACUGAUCCUGAUGGAAUCUGUCACAUUGAGACUUCUGGUCUGGACGGAGAGAGCAAUUUGAAACAGAGGCAGGUGGUUCGGGGAUAUGCAGAUCAGGAAUCUGAAGUUGAUCCUGAGAAGUUCGCCAGCAGAAUAGAGUGUGAAAGUCCAAACAAUGACCUCAGCAGAUUCCGAGGCUUCCUAGAACAUUCCAACAAAGAGCGUGUGGGUCUCAGUAAAGAAAACUUGUUGCUUAGAGGAUGCACCAUUAGAAACACAGAGGCUGUGGUGGGCAUUGUGGUUUAUGCAGGUCAUGAAACCAAAGCAAUGCUUAACAACAGUGGGCCACGAUACAAGCGCAGUAAAUUAGAAAGAAGAGCAAAUACUGAUGUCCUCUGGUGUGUCCUGCUUCUGGUUAUAAUGUGUUUAACUGGUGCAUUGGGUCAUGGAAUCUGGUUGAGCAAAUAUGAAGACAUACUCUUUUUUAACAUUCCUGAGCCUGACGGAAAUAUCAUAUCACCAGUGCUGGCAGGAUUCUAUAUGUUUUGGACCAUGAUAAUUUUGUUACAGGUCUUGAUUCCCAUUUCUCUGUAUGUUUCCAUUGAAAUCGUGAAACUUGGGCAAAUAUAUUUUAUUCAAAGUGAUGUGGAUUUCUAUAACGAGAAAAUGGAUUCUACUGUUCAGUGCCGAGCCCUGAACAUCACCGAGGAUCUUGGACAAAUUCAAUACCUUUUUUCUGAUAAGACUGGAACCCUCACCGAGAAUAAGAUGGUUUUUCGAAGAUGUAGUGUGGCAGGAUUUGAUUAUUGCCAUGAAGAAAAUGCCAAAAGAUUAGAGUCUUAUCAGGAAGCUGUCUCUGAAGAUGAAGAUUUCACAGACAACCUCAGCAACUCCCUCAGCAAUAUGGCGAAAAAGAGAGCCCACAGCUGCAGGACAGCUCAUAAUGGGCCUUUGGGAAACAAACCCUCCAAUCAUCUAGCCGGAAGCUCUUGUGCUCUAGGAAGCAGAGAAGGAGACAGUGAAAUGCCUCAUUCCAGACAGGCUGCUUUCAGUAGCCCCAUUGAAACAGAUGUGGUCCCAGAUACCAGACUUUUGGACAAGUUUAGUCAGAUUACACCUCAGCUCUUUACUCCACCAGAUGAGACCACCCACAAUCCACCUCUGGAGACCUUGUACAUCAUGGACUUCUUUAUUGCAUUGGCUAUUUGCAACACAGUUGUGGUUUCUGCUCCUAAUCAACCACGACAAAAGAUCCGCCUCUCUUCCCUGAGUGGAAUGCCCAUUAAGUCCUUGGAAGAGAUUAAAAAUCUUUUCCAGAAAUUGUCCGUCCGAAGAUCCAGUUCACCAUCCCUGGCCAGUGGGAAGGAGUCAUCUUCUGGACUUCCACACGCCUUUGUGAGCAGACUGUCUCUGUUUAGUCGGGUGAAAACCGCUUCACCCGUGGAAGAAGAAAUCUCCCAGAUCAGCGAGAGCACCCAGAGCUCCUGUGACUCAGCCUGUGGCAGAGAAACGGAGAAAGAAGACGGUGACACAGGCCUCAGCAAUGGCGAGGUGGAAUCCCUCCCUGGACAGCCCCUGGCUUCCGACCUGUGUUACGAGGCAGAGAGCCCAGAUGAAGCAGCCUUGGUGUACGCGGCCAGGGCUUACCGAUGCACUUUGCAAUCGCGGACCCCAGAGCAGGUCAUGGUGGACUUUGCUGCUUUGGGAUCAUUAACAUUUCAACUCCUGCACAUCCUGCCCUUCGACUCCGUGAGAAAAAGAAUGUCUGUCGUGGUGCGGCACCCACUUUCCAACCAAGUUGUGGUGUACACCAAGGGUGCGGAUUCUGUAAUCAUGGAGCUGCUCUCAAGGGGGUCCCCAGAUGGGGCAACUACAGAAGAACAACAGAUGCUAAUAAGGGAGAAAACUCAGAAGCACUUGGAUGACUACGCCAAACGAGGACUGCGCACCUUGUGUAUAGCCAAGAAGGUCAUGAGUGACAGUGAAUAUGCGGAGUGGCUGAGGAAUCAUUUUUUAGCUGAAACCAGCAUCGACAACAGAGAAGAGCUACUUACUGAAUCAGCCAUGAGGUUGGAGAACAAACUAACAUUGCUUGGUGCUACUGGAAUCGAAGACCGUCUGCAGGAGGGCGUUCCCGAGUCUAUAGAAGCCCUUCACACAGCAGGCAUCAAAAUCUGGAUGCUCACGGGGGACAAGCAGGAGACAGCUGUCAACAUAGCCUACGCCUGCAAACUGCUGGACGCAGAGGACAAGCUCUUCUUCCUCGAUACCCAAACUAAAGAUGCCUGUGAGAUGCUGAUGAGCACAAUUCUGAACGAACUUCAGAAGAAGGAUGCAGUCCGUCCAGAGCGCGCAGCGUUGAGUGAGCGUCUACAGCAGCCUCCUGGCCCCCAGCACUCAGCAUCACGGGCUGCACUCAUUAUCACUGGGAAAACCCUGGAGUUUGCCCUGCAGGAGAGCCUUCAAAGGCAGUUCCUGGAGCUGACUGCAUGGUGUCAGGCUGUGGUCUGCUGCCGAGCCACACCCCUGCAGAAGAGUGAGGUGGUGAAAUUGGUGCGCAGCCGUCUCCAGGUGAUGACCCUGGCUAUUGGUGACGGUGCCAAUGAUGUUAGCAUGAUACAAGUGGCAGACAUUGGGAUAGGGGUCUCAGGUCAAGAAGGUAUGCAGGCGGUGAUGGCCAGUGACUUUGCUAUUUCUCAGUUCAGACAUCUCAGCAAGCUCCUUCUUGUCCAUGGGCACUGGUGUUACACUCGACUUUCCAACAUGAUUCUCUAUUUUUUCUACAAGAACGUGGCCUAUGUGAACCUCCUUUUCUGGUACCAGUUCUUUUGUGGGUUUUCAGGAACAUCCAUGACUGACUAUUGGGUUUUGAUCUUCUUUAACCUCCUCUUCACAUCUGCCCCGCCCGUCAUUUAUGGUAUUUUGGAGAAAGAUGUUUCUGCAGAGACCCUCAUGCAGCUGCCUGAACUUUAUCAGAGUGGUCAGAAGUCAGAGGCAUAUUUACCCCUCACCUUCUGGAUAACCUUGUUGGAUGCCUUUUACCAAAGCCUGGUCUGCUUCUUUGUGCCUUAUUUUACCUACCAGGGCUCAGACAUUGACAUUUUCACAUUUGGAAACCCCCUGAACACAGCUGCUCUGCUCAUCAUACUUCUCCACCUGGUCAUUGAAAGCAAGAGUUUGACCUGGAUCCACCUGCUGGUCAUUGUUGGUAGCAUCCUGUCUUAUUUUUUCUUCACCUUGGCUUUUGGAGCCAUGUGUGUAACCUGCAACCCCCCCUCCAACCCUUACUGGAUUAUGCAGAAGCACAUGCUGGACCCAGUGUUUUACUUGGUUUGUGUCCUCACAACCUGCAUUGCUCUUCUGCCCAGGUUUGCAUACCGAGUUCUUCAAGGAUCCCUGUUUCCAUCUCCAAUUCUGAGGGCUAAGCACUUGGACAAACUGACUCCAGAGGAGAGGACCAAAGCUCUCAAAGAGUGGAGAGGGGCUAGACGAAUGGACCAAGGGACACCUGGGAGUGCUGACCAAUCAGCUGGCAAGUCAGCAAGAACACCCACUUCUACCCCUUGCACUAUAUUGACAUUGAAGACAGCAGCUUCUAGCACUGUGGAGCAAGGAAGCUUACCUGUAUGUGAAACAGCAGUCGAUGUAGGCUGCUCAGGACCUAAGCCCUCAGAGACGGACCAAACCUCAAGAUGUUGAGAAAGCAGGAUACCUUCCCUGGAGUUACAAGUUUUCUUUCAAGUUUUGGAAGUCUGAAGAAACCCCUCCACCAAAUAGGAAUGACUUGUGUUUUUGUAAAGGACGUGAGCAUCUUAUGGGGCUUGGAAAAUUUAAUGUGUAAAAGGGGGAUGGGCGUUUCACCUGGACAGAGUUUCGGGAAGUAAAGUAUGUAAUUCAGAAUCAAAUGCUUUUAUGGAACUUUUUGGAUUUUGUAAAAGCAUUUUAACUGUCUUAGACAUGAGAACAUUUUCAAAGGGAUCCAUUUGAGAUGUAUUUAUUUUACUGAGUGCACUCAUAUUCUUGGGAAAGGCAUUAAAUGAACUCAAUGAAUUUUCUUAAAAGUCACUUUUAGAUUGGUUAGGACACAGAGGAGAUGUGCAUGUGGAGCAAGGUAAAGUGGUGAAUUUACUGAUAAGUUCACAAGAACCUUUACGGCAUUUCUAAAGUAGGGUAAUAAUUGCACUGAUUAAAAUAGCAAUUAGUAAUAGCUUUUAACUUCCUACGGGAAGAUGCCGCUGUCUUUCACUGAAUGACAGGCCUGCUUCUCUGCUUGUUUCUGUGUCUUCCUGACUGGUGGAGCCUUCCCUGGAAAGGGCAGGAGAGAUGUGAGGGUUCCAUCUGGUACAAGGAGCGUGUUCUCUGAGCUUCCAGAUGAGAGAAAACCUAAGAGGUCUGCCUCUGCAGAUGCCAUCAGCUGAACCUAGAGUUCACUUGGCAAUUUUCUGUAUUCUAAAAUGGACAGUCUGAUCAACUGAGACCACGGAUUUCAGAAUACUCUUCCUGAGCGCUCAGCAUCUUCAGAACCAGAAAAAUGGCCGGUGUUAGUGUCUCCAAAUCCUGAGAGAAGAAUUGAGACUGAUACAGGUUGGUCUCAGGUUUCGGUAAGGUUAUUAGACAACUUUGUUUCUAAGACAUUGGAGGACAGGAAUAUCUACAGGUUUGCCGCUGUUGCAAAUCAUUUAUGCUGGCUUUUAGCUGGGGGACAGAGAAACUGGUCUGUACCAAGUAAGAAGGCUAUGUGCUAUUACAGAAUUUUGUAAUUUUGUUAAAGUUCUGUCUCUAUUCAUUGGAAGUGUGUCAGUCACCCAUCUCCCAAGGUGCCUCCAUAAAUUUCCAUGUGGAUGUCGUUUGUCUACAUCAAGGUCUUGUUCAUGACUAUAUUCUCAGGGCGUAAUCUUCUGCUUGCUGUCUACUCUCCUGGUAAUCCUGGUAAGAUGUUUUUAAUAGCCUUCUGAUACUGCAAACAAUCUAUAUAGUCAUUUCUACAGCUUUCAAAAUCCCACAUGACUGAGGGAAGUUGCUUUCUGCUUCCUUAUGAUUUUUUUAAAAUAAACUGUUUAUUAAAUAUGUAUUGAAAAACUGUCAUCAUUCCUGUAAACACUGAAUCCAACUGUAAUUUGCACCAGAACUUAAAAGUCCCAUGGCAUAUCUUUUAUCAAAAUAUUGUAUUGGGAAAUUUAUUGAUGUUAUGUCAUAUCUCCCUCAAAGCAGCUGGCAUUUAUCCCAAGAUCAUCAUCUGGUAAGUAGAGAGAAAGAUUCAUCUGUUAAUAAAAAUGGCUACCAUCUAAGGAGUUAAAAAGGCUAAGCAGAAAAAUCAGUUGUUUAAGCAAUAUAGUCUGCAUAAAAGAGAAAUUUCCUAAGGUGUACUAGAACAUGGAAGGUGAUUUUUUUUUAAAAAGCUUUACUUAAAAGGCAAAGCCACACAGAGUUGGGGAGAGGACUCUUCUGUCUGCUGGUUCACUCCCCAAAUGGCCAAAACAGCCAGAUCAAAGUCAAGAGUUUCAUUCUGAUCUCCCACAUAGGUGUCAGGGACCCCAGGAAGCUGAUGUAUAAGCAGAGUAGCCGGGACUUGAAUCAACCCUCCGAAAUGGAUGCCAGCAUUGCAAGCACCGGUCCAAAAAAAGUAGAAAGAUCUAAAGAUGAAGUUCAAGGUCCUGGUGAAAGGUCUGAAGUGAGAAACCUAGAGAACCAGGCAAGCCAGGGAAAGAGGAAGAAAGAAGGAACUUGAUGGACUGAGAUAACUGGAGAAGUUCAGAGACGUUGGCAAAACUCUUGUUGCACUGAAGAGCUGUUAGAAAUCAAGACGUGGGUGAAAUGACAGGAUUAAAACUGGUGUGAGGAGCUGGGAAGACCAUUUGUCUUGGAUGUUUACUAAGGAAGAAUUCUGUGCUGCUCACCACCACUGGUUGUGUGCCAUCCUAGGAAGUUUAUUCUUAAAUUUUGAAAGGCAGGAAAAUGGCUUAUUAAAUUACUACUAAAAAAAUCGGUCUUUCUUCCUUAGAACUUUUGAAGUUUAAUUGUUAUUUGGGGAUUUGGGACUUAUCUGGUCAACUUAGUAGCUCAUGUUUCUAAUUUCCAUUUGGGAGUUUUAAGUAUUUCUUUGUGGAAGGGCAAAACAAAUUCGUCCUUUUUUCCACCAAUAUAAUUACAA